UUGUCAUUUCUAAUACGCCUUUUCUUUUUUUUUUUUUUUCUUUCUUUCGCAGAGGAGAGAACAACAUAACCGUUAACGUAACUUCUUCUUCUUCUUCCAUCAUGGAGAAUCAUGAUAAUAACCUUGCAGAGAAUGAGAAUUCGGGCACUAACGAAACCGAAGAGACGCUACCUUCUUCUUCUUCUUCGAUCACCGAUCAUGAAGAAGCCGAUCCCAAACCUGAUGAUGAUGUUGCUGCUGCUACCACCGCCGAAGCAGAACCACCAUCUCCAAAGAAAGAUGAUGAGGAGGCAGAGGAAGAGAAGAAAGAAGAAACUGCUGCAUCUCCUGCUUCUCCUCCGCCAAGCCUCGAGAAUGUUUCAGAGGAGAUUGACCAGUUUCUCGUGACUCUGAAGCAGAAAAAUGAUGAAAAUGCUGCGGAGAAGAUGGAUUUUGAGAUUCCUGGCUUUUUUGAGAGGUACUCGGAUCUGGUGGAGAAGAAGAUAGCGAAAUACGAUGCGAAAGGGAAGGCAAAAUGGGGAGAGGUGGCGGAGGAAGAUUCGUGGUUGCUUGAAACCGCGAAUCGGAUUUCGAAGCUGAUCAUGUUGAUGAAAGAUCAUCAUCAUGUUGAACCAGAGGAGAAAGAGAUCGACGGUGGAAAUGGAAAUGGAAAAGACUCGCUGGUGAAUCGCGUUACCUCGAUUCACCAGCGUGUGAUGUCGUAUUUGGAGGAGGACUUCAGAUUUCUAAUGGAAGAAUGUAGAAUCCCAACCGAAUUGGAUCCAGGAGGCAAUAAUAAUAACAACAACGACACCAAAGGGAAACAACAACAACAGGUGCCAUCAUCGGAACAAGAAGAAGUGAAAGAUCAAGAAGGCGAAAUCGACGAAAGUUUCCCGGGUUAUUCUGAUGAGACCAUUGCCAGCCUGAGCAAGAUCGCCGGCGAGAUGAUAUCCGGCGGCUACGAAUCGGAGUGCUGCCAGGUGUACAUCAUCUCGCGGAGGAACGCGUUCGAGGAGGUUCACAAGAAGCUAGGGCUGGAGAGGAUCAGCAUCGACGACAUGGUUCUAAAGGUGCAGUGGGAGACUCUGGCCGGGAACAUGAUUCCAGCCUGGAUCAACACGCUCAAGCAGUGCGCGGCGGUGUACUUCCCCGGCGAGCGGAAGCUCGCCGAGGCCGUGUUCGCCAGCUGCCCCUCGGUCGCGGCGGGGCUCUUCGGCAGCCUCUCCCGCGGCGUGGUGAUCCAGCUCCUCAACUUCGCGGAGGGAGCCGCUAUGACGAAGCGCGCCGCCGAGAAGCUCUUCAAGCUCCUCGACAUGUACGAGACCCUCCGUGAGAUCAUCCCCAAGGUGAACGGGCUAUUCCCGGAGGAGUCUGUCGAGGAGCUGAAGACGGAGAUGAAUAUCGCCAAGUCACGACUUGGCGAGGCGGCCAUCUCCAUCUUCUGCGAUCUGGAGAACCAGAUCAAACAGGAGACCGCGAGAACCGCGGUCCCGGGUGGCGCAGUGCACCCCCUAACACGCUACAUAAUGAACUACCUCAGCGUGGCGGGAGAUUACAAGGAAACCCUAGAGCAAGUCUUCAAAGACCACUCCAAGAUCGAACGUGCAGACUCCACCAGUAGGCCACACAACGAGAACGACGGCGUGCCGGAGAAGCAAGCAUCGUCGCCGUUCGCGGCGCAGGUGCUGAGAGUCAUGGACUUGCUAGACUCAAGCCUAGAAGGCAAAGCUCGUUUAUACAAAGACGUGGCGCAGAACAAUUUCUUCAUGAUGAACAACGGAAGGUACAUUCUGCAGAAGAUAAAAGGAUCAAGCGAGAUGAGCCAGGUGAUGGGUGACACGUGGAUCAGGAAGAAAUCCUCUGAGCUGAGAACAUACCACAAGAACUACCAGAGAGAAACGUGGAAUAGGGUUCUGGCGUGUCUGAACCCGGAAGGGUUGAACGUGAACGGGAAGGUGCAGAAGCCGGUGCUGAAGGAGAGGUUCAAGAGCUUCAACUCGUUGUUUGAUGAGAUACACAGGACGCAGAGCUCGUGGGUGGUGAAGGACGAGCAGCUUCAGUCGGAGCUUAGGGUUUCGAUCUCGGGAGUGGUGGUUCCGGCGUACAGGGCCUUCAUUGGGAGGUUUGCGCAGAUCUUUGACCCGGGAAGACAGACUGAGAAGUACAUAAAGUACCAACCUGAAGAUAUUGAGACUUACAUUGAUGAGUUGUUUGAUGGGAAGCCUCAUCAGUCCAUUGCUAGGAGGAGAACAUAAUUAACCUUCAAUCAUGAUCAAUAUCAACAUCAAUCAAUCAAUCCCGAUGCAUCCAUGCACCACCCAGUACAUAUCGUUUUACCACAGUUUUUAUCUUAAUUCUUUAAUUCUUUUUUUUAUAUUACUUAUAUUUUUUCUACUGUGAAGCAAAAUAAGAAAGAGCAUUAUUGUGUGAUGAUGCACGUUGCUUGCUAGUCCUGCAUAAUGAAUUGCAUUGCUUUCGUGAUCGUGUUGUUAUCAUUAGAAGAUGAGUGGAGGUUGAUCUUGUGAAUUUGUUUUUGCUUUUGUUUGUACACAGGAUACUAAAUCAAGUUAUUUGUUCAAUUGAGA